AGUUCCCUCCCUGGCAUCUUCAGAUAGGGCUGAGAGAGACACUUGCCUGAAACCUUGAAGAAGCCACUGCCGGUCUGUAUAGAGUAUAGACAUUACUGAGCUAGAUAGACCAAUGGUCUGAUAGACCAAUGGACUUCCUAAGGCAGCUUCCUAUGUUCCUAAGUAUGUCCCUAUUUUCUUUCAGCAAUGCAGUGCUGGAGGGUAUUGAACACAGAAAGCUGUCCUCCUAUGUAUUGGUGAUUCCUGUGUAUUGCAGGUUGGAGGCGCUGGAGAGAGGAUUGAACCCAUCAGGCCUGGCCCCCCCGGGGGGGCCGGAAGCGCCUUCUGCUCCUGAGGGACCAGCCCCGGCUCCGCCUGUUCCUGUGCUGCCAUCUCCCGUGGACCCGGCUCCUGAUGUUCCUGCGUCAUCGCUGCCUGUGCCUGUCGCUCCGGUUGGACAUCCACCUGCAGAUCCGGCUAUGCCGUUGGUUCUGGGUGAGCCAGCAGCACCGACACCUCCCGGCGGCACCGGCCAGUGGCCUGCUGUUCCCUGGCCGAUUCCUGCCAUGGGUGGAUGGGGACCAGCUUCCUACUGGUCCCCCUAUACACAACACUUGGGCAUGGGUUUUCCUUUGGCGUUUCCUGGGGUCACGGCUGGUACACAGGGUGCAGCAGAGCAGGUAUGGUUGGGUGGGCGGCCUGCGAGUAGCCCGUUCCCCUCCCCCAGUUUUCCUUCUUCAGAGCAGAAUGCCGCUAAUCGGCCUGGGUAUUACCCAAUGGGGAUUCUGCCUUCGGCCCAGCACGCCCCCUAUGGGGGCAUGGGCCUUCCCCUAGGGGAUCACUUGUUGCCUUCUACCAGGGAAAAGAUUCUCAAGGGGGAGUAUAUAGACAUCUUUAGUCUUCUGUUUAGGGAACCAGAAGUUAAACAUAAGGAGGGUGAGUCUUGCAAGGAGCAUGAGGCCACCAAGAGAAAGCCAGUGGAAAAAACAUGGAAUAACUGGCUGUCUGGCUUUACUAUCUACAUGGGCGUGAUACUUCAGGCGCAGCCGGCUCGUGGCCCGGCUCUCCUGAAGUAUAUGGAUAUCAUUCACCGUGCUGUCUCAGAUUUUGCUGGAUCUUCAUGGAUCCGUUAUGAUGAGAGUUUCCGUAUGAGGGCAGCUUUGGAUCCCACACUGCCGUGGGAUACACCUCUGCAGGAACUAUGGCUGGUGAUCAUGUCUCCAGCUCGCCCAGUUGAAGGUGACCGCUCGGAUAGUGGACACUUGUUGUCCAGGCCUUCCGGGGUUUCGGCCGCAGCGGGGGCGGGCCAGCAGUGGGUUCAACCCCAUCUGGUCUGCUGGGAGUAUAACACCAGCGGCAAGUGCUCUCACUCCCCCUGUCGCUUCCGGCACGCAUGCGGUUUUUGCGGAGCAAAGCACCCCAGUACAUCGUGCUCCCGAGCCAAACCUGGUGGUCCCGGGUCCAAGUUUAGGCCUGGAAACAAUCGGAAGGGUGGUCCCCCCCACCCCCUUCGGGUAAGGGGCCCCAGCCCCAUCAGGCUUGACGUGUUAGAGCGCUUGCUGGUGGACUACCCUGACCGGUUGGCAGCUUCUUAUCUACUUUUGGGCUUUCGGGAUGGCUUUCGGAUUCCUUCCUCUGCACGCCGGGGGCUAGGGAGUCCUCGUAAUCUUAAAUCUGUGGUAGGCAAGGAGGAUGUGGUAUUACGGAAGAUUACUAAGGAGGUGGCGGCAGGUAGGGUGUUAGGCCCCUUCGAUGCCCCUCCUUUUCCCCGGUUACGAACCUCGCCCCUUGGAGUGGUUCCUAAAAAGGUUCCCGGUGAAUUCCGGUUAAUUCACCACCUUUCGUAUCCCAAAGGGUUGUCUGUCAAUGAUGGCAUCCCCGAUAGUUUGUGUUCGGUUCGUUACACUUCCUUUGAUGAGGCAGUCAGAGUAGUUAGGGGUCAGGGCCCAGGGGCCCUUUUGGCCAAAUGUGAUAUUGAAUCCGCCUUUCGCCUGCUGCCCGUUCAUCCGGACGACUUUGAGUUGCUGGGCUUCACAUUUGCUGGCCAGUUCUAUUUUGAUCGGGCCUUGCCAAUGGGUUGCUCGAUCUCUUGUGCCGCCUUUGAGGCUUUCAGCUCUUUUUUGGAAUGGGCGGUCAGGCGUAGGGCGGGCCUUCAAUCUACAGCUCAUUAUUUAGACGAUUUUCUUUUUGUCGGUAGGGGCAAUUCAGGGGAAUGCCACCGCUUGUUGCGCUCCUUUAUGGGGCUGGCGGAGGAGCUUGGGGUACCGUUGGCUAAGGAUAAAACUGAAGGGCCAGUUACCCGGCUUUCCUUCUUGGGUAUUGAGAUUGAUACGCUUGCUGGUUGUGCUAGACUCCCGCAGGCUAAACUACUGGUGCUGGUGGAGCUGCUUAGGGCCUUAGGGCGGGCCUGUAAAGCCUCCCUUAGGGAGCUUCAGGUGGUAACGGGGCAUCUUAACUUUGCUUGCAGGGUUGUUGCCCCUGGUCGGGCCUUUCUGCGUAGGAUCUGUGACUUGACAAUGGGCCUGCGCGCUCCCCAUCAUAGGGUCAGGAUUACUGAAGGGGUCAGGGCUGAUUUGUCCCUUUGGGAGUCUUUUCUGGCCGGCUACAAUGGGGUUACUUUUUGGAGACAGGAGCAGCUUUUAGAGGCUGAUCUGCAGGUCCAUUCGGACGCUGCUGGAGGUGCAGGUUUUGGGCUUUACUUUAGGGGCCACUGGUGUGCUGCUCCCUGGCCUCGGGACUGGUUUGAACGCGGGGUAACGCGGGAUUUGACCUUUUUGGAACUGUUCCCAAUAGUGGUGGCAGUUCACAUCUGGGCUGAGGAGUUUGCUGACUCCUCAGUUCGUUUCUGGUGCGACAACCAGGCAGUGGUGCAGGUUGUCAACUCUCAGUCUUCGCGCUCCCCUAUGGUUAUGGUUCUGGUCAGAGCUUUAGUUUUGCAGUGUCUGCGGGCCAACAUUUUGUUCCGCUCCCGCCAUGUGCCGGGGAUUCAGAAUGACAUCGCUGACGCUCUGUCUCGUUUCCAGGUGGACAGAUUCAGAGCGUUAGCUCCCGAGGCUUCUCUGCACCUGGACCCCAUGCCGGCCUUCCUUUGGCAGCUUGGCAGGUGGAGGCGCAGCAGGCGAUAGCAGCGUCUCUGGCGCCUGGCACCAGAGUUAGCUACGCAGCCAAGCUUGAGGCUUUUGCCCUUUUUCGAAGGGCUGAAGGUUUGCCUGAGGUUUGGCCGGUCCCCGUGGGUCAGCUGCAACAGUUCCUAGUCACGUUACGCAGAGCAGGACGGGCCGUGUCCACCCUGGGUGGUUAUUUAGCUGCCCUUGCAUUUGAGGCGCAGGUGAGGGGGGUGGGUGAUUUUUCCUCCGACCCUCGCGUGCGGCGCAUGCUGGAGGGCUGGGCCAGGGCUGACCCUGGCCCUGGAGACUCCAGGCGGCCCUUUAACCUGGAUAUGGUGACCGCUACACUCAGUCAGUUAGCCGGGUGCUGUGCAGAUUCUUGGGAGGUGUCUUUGUUCCGGGCUGCGGUUUUAGUGGCUUUUUUCGGAGCCUUUCGCCCCGGGGAGCUGCUCCCGCGCAGCAGGGUUUCCCCUCGUGACCGUUGUCUGCAGUUCUCCGACCUGUCAUUGUCAGGAGAAGAGGUGCGGCUUUUUCUUCACCGCUCUAAGACGGAUCAGCGGGGGAGGGGCCAGACAGUUCGCUUGGCGGCCGCUGGGGAUAGGCAAAUUUACCCGGUGUCGGCCCUCAGAGCCUAUGUGGCUCUGGGACCGGACUCUGGGGGGUGUUUGUUCGCGCAUUCGGAUCGGACUCCUCUUACCCAGUAUCAGUUUCUUUCAGUGAUUAAAAAGGCCCUUAGCGCGGCCCUGAUUCCCCUUGAGGGAAUUACGCUUCACUCUUUCCGCAUUGGGGCAGCUACUACUGCCACGAGGUUGGGCCUCCAGGAAGCGGAGGUUCGGAGGAUUGGGAGGUGGAAGUCCGUGGCGGUCAGACGCUAUGUGCGCUGACAGCGGGCUUUUUCGGCUGCUAUUGAUUGUGUUUUUUCCCUUGGCAGGUGUUGGGGGAUCGGUGGCUCCAGUACGGAUCCUGUUGUGCGGCCACUCGUUGGUCUUUUGGGCCUUCAAGCGGGCUAGCACGUCUCGUUGGGGAUCCCAGCUUGGGUUUGGAAGACGGGCUGCUGUGUACUGGUUGGGCUUGCGUGGGAUGCUCUGGAACCAGCUACUGCCCACACUUAGGGAGCACUUAGAUAGUUUUUCCCCGCCCGACAUCUUGGUUUUGCAUUUAGGGGAGAACGACCUAGGCAGGCGGACUGGCCUGUCUAUUGUUCAGCAGGCCUGCUCUGAUUUGUCCUUAUUGCAGGAAUGGAUGCCCGGGGUGCUUAUUCUCUGGGUUAAUUGGCUGCAGCGUAGGGUGUGGCGGAAGGCCCGUUCGGGGCUUUGUCUAGAAAAGGCUAGGCGCAAAGCUUCAGCCGCAAUUGGGAAACUUGUGAUAGCUGCCGGUGGUGCUGUAAUACACCACCCUAAUGUGGUGGCUCGUCUUCACGAGUUAUAUCGUGCCGAUGGGGUUCACCUUUCGGAGCUUGGUUGUGAUCUAUAUUUAGGUAACAUACAGAGGAGGCUUGCUGAAUUUUUGGGCAGUGGUGGGGCAGGGAGGUCAAGCGUGGGCUAACCUCCCUGGGUGGCGGUAACAGUGCGGGCUGAGGGGUAAGCAAGGUAUAGUAUCGGUGAGCACCCUUGGAUAUUUAAAGGUGGAUUGGUUAAUCGCUCCUUUGUUGCCUGUGCGGCGCGGGGAGUAAUUGAUGGCCAUGAAACCUGCUCCAGGUCUUCACCAUCCUUUGGGCUGCGCGGUCCGGGGGGGUGAAUACCGGGAGCUGUCCAGGUCCCCUCUUCUAAGGGGGUGGUUGGCUUUGAUGGAAUAGGGCAGGGCGUGCCUGCCCCUUUCUGGAGCCAGGGUGUGUCGCCCAAAGUGGCAAUGGGUAGGAUGAGGGUAAUCCUAGCCCUUGCCUAGGAGCCCGCACUGUUUCGUUGGUGAUUCAUCACCCACUGUUCAGUUCGCCUUUGCUGGUUGUUAAUUAAUCAAUAAAGAGUGGCCCUUUACCCAU